GUAGGUGUUUUCUUCAGUCUGGCCAGAAUUGUAGUUUUCAGCCAACUUUAAAGUACUUUUUUCCUGAAAACUGCAACAGCUAUAGCAAUGAUUAUUCUCUCUCUCUCUCUCUCUCUCUCUCUUUGUACCUCUUAGCUGAAUAACUGUUGAUAUACAUACUGAGAUCCCCAGUCUCUCUCCGAUGCCCAUAAACAACACCUCUCUAGAAAGCCCAGAGGCAAAUUUCUGAGCUUAUAAAAGGAUGCCCUUGAGACGACGAAAUGAAAUCUCACUUCCUUCCUGUGCUCGAUACAUAUUAGACUUCUCAUUGUGGGGGGCCACAAACAAUGGGGCGUGUCUUUGUUUUGUGCUUUUCCAUGACCAUUUUCCUCCUCAAAAUUCAGAGAGGUAAGUCAGUGUUGCUAUAUGUCUCCGGCACACCCCACUUCUCCUCCUCCUGUAUAUGUAGAGCAUGGUGUAUAUAGAACGACCACAUGACCAAAAAGUAAUUUGGUGCAAGUUUUUCCCUGCUAGCCUAAUUGCCUUGGUGGUCAGCAGGACAGAGGAGAGAGGCUGUGGGCCAGGGCGGGGUGUAUUAAAACAUUCUUAGAGCUAUGUGGAAUUCUGAACUAAACUAGCCACCGUGCCAAAGAAACAGAAUAUGUUAUGUAAGUCUAAAGAUGGACCCAUCUGUCAAUUUCAGAUUUAAAUUUAAAGCACAUUCCCCUCCUCACAGACUCCUGGGAACUGGAGGGUCAGAGUUAUUUUGUGGUGGGGAAUGUGUUUUUAUCUUAUUUUAUUUAUAUUGAUGUAAAUAUGUAUAUGCUGCUCUUCAUAAAUAAUAUCAGAGCAGUUUGUAUAACAACAAAAAACAGGACCAUCCCCCAAAAAAUUCACAUCUGAGGCAGACCAGAAAAUGGCACCCCCUGCUGGCCAGGGAAGAAGAGGUAAGUGAAGAUCUACAUUGAGAACAAGGCAAGGAAUCAAAGCAACCUUAUCUAAUGGUUGAAGGGGGUAUCAAAGGGCAUAGGAGAGGGGAAAGUGCCUGCUUUGAAAUCAUACCAGGCAGGUGCAGAGUCCAUGAGACCCCAGAGGACAGCCCCCACCAUUUCCUCCCUAGGGGUAGGAUGAGACCACCACCAGCACCUAUUUGCCAAGAGGUGGAAUGGGGGAAUUUAAAAAUAUGAAAUAUUUACAGAAUUUCUCUGUUCCUGCCCACACACCCAUAACUCAUGAGCUGGCCUGCAGUACAUUACAUUUACUUACUUACUUACUUACUUACUUACUUACUUACAGUAGUACCUCAGGUUACAUACGCUUCAGGUUACAGACUCCGCUAACCCAGAAAUAGUACCUUGGGUUAAGAACUUUGCUUCAGGAUGAGAACAGAAAUCGUGCUCUGGUGGCACGGCGGCAGCAGGAGGCCCCAUUAGCUAAAGUGGUGCUUCAGGUUAAGAACAGUUUCAGGUUAAGUACGGACCUCCAGAACGAAUUAAGUACUUAACCUGAGGUACCACUGUACUUACUUAUUUCAUAAUAUAUAUAUACCACUUGAUUGUAAGAGGGAAAAACCUCAAAGCAGUUUACAAAUCCAACCUGAUCAAAUGACUUAUGUCCUACAGGUCAGCCUCAAGAUAUAGUUGAAUGGAUAGAAGAAGGUCACCCUUUAGGAUCAUAUAUGGUUGCACUCAUCAAAGGAAAUGGCGUGUCCUGUGGAGGAACUUUGAUCAAACAGAACUGGGUGUUAACAGCAGCCCAUUGUUUUCCGUAAGUUUGGAGAAAUAAUGAUGCUUUGUAGAAACCUCUUCCUGGCAUCAAUUCUCAAGGACCUUUUCAAGUCAGGUAGCAAUAUUUGCUUCAUAACAUCCAUUGCUUACAGCAGCUGCUUGUAAAUUCAAGAAGGGUAAGAGAACAAGGAUAUCCAACUGUGGGCUUGAAAUGUGGAUAACAGCCAGAUACUAGCUGCUUAGAACAUGGGUAGGCAAUCUAAGGCCCAGGGGCCGGAUCCGGCCCAAUCGCCUUCUAAAUCCGGCCUGCGGACGGUCCGGGAAUCAGCAUGUUUUUACAUGAGUGGAAUGCGUCCUUUUAUUUAAAAUGCAUCUCUGGGUUAUUUGUGGGGCAUAGGAACUCGUUCAAUUUCCCCCCAAAAAAUAUAGUCCGGCCCCCCACAAGGUCUGAGGGACAGUGGACCAGCCCCCUGCUACAAAAGUUUGCUGACCCUUGGCUUAGAACAUAUCUUUGCAGUAUUAAAAAGAUCUUCACUAGCAUCCAGUUGGCUUCUGAGUACAAUUUAGGUGUUGACUGUCACCUACAAAGUUCUACUUGGGUUGGGAUCAGAAUCUCUGAAAGCGCCUACCGUCAUAUGAACCUCCUCACACACUGGGUGUCAAAAAUGUAUGGGUGGUGACAAGUGACAGGGCCAGGUCAUUAGUUAAAUUGGCUGGUGCAUGUUGUGGCUGCUCAUGUCCAAUGAGGAGAGAAGAUCAGUUCCAUUCUGGUUCCGUUCUCUCCAGAGAUGCUUGACUGGUACACUCUGGACAGUUGGAAAACUCCCCAGAGCAGUGUGAGUUGGUGGGGAGAAGAGAGAUGAUUCCAUUGGGCAAGCAGAAAUGGAACAAUUUCCUCCGUGCUAUGCUGGUUUCCACCUUUAGUAUGGAAUUUCCAUUUUUAUUCACUCAUUUUUCACAGGCAACCAGACGACGCUGUUCUCCAGUCAUUGUCAACAUGUCUGCAUCUGUAUUGGAAUUGUUUUAAAGAUGUUUUCAUUGUUUUAACGCUUCUUGUUUUCUGCCCUGGGCUCCUUUGGGAAGAAGGACAAGAUACAAAUUAAGCAAAUAAAUGUAUUUUCCACAAAUCCAACUUUUUCCAGAAGAAUGGAAGAGUAGCAUAGUCUCCACAGGUGUACAAGUCCUUCAUGAUACUCUUCUGUCUUUUUAAAAAGGGUGGGAUUCUGACAUGGGCAGUGACCUGUCAAACAAGUCAAUCGUUCGCAGCUCAGCACACACUUGCCAGAAGCUUUCUGCCAGCCGCCAUUUUAUAACAUUAGUUUUUUUAAUCAAUCUUUUAAUUAGCGCUGAAACCCCUUUCUGACUGUAAAAGAGUGGUCACAAACUAGAAUGAGCAAGGUGAUAAAAUGGCAGCUGCUGCAGAGUUAAUACUGAAUAUACGAUGAGCUUCAAAUGGCUGCUCACCCGCAGUCAGAGCUCGCCCAAAACAUUUUACUGCCUGGGGCAGCAAAAUAUAUACACAUAUGGAUAAAGAAGAGUGUGUGAAUGCAAACACUCAGAAUGGUAGAAAUCAAAUAUCAGUGAGGUGAAUUUAUCAGUGGCUCAUCUUUUCAGGGAUGAAGAAACAUACAUGAUUUUUGGAGCUUAUUCACGAACUAAAAUGGAGCACGGAAAACACAAGGCUAACAUUACCAAAACAUUUUCUUACCCAGGAUUUAAUCCAAAGACAUUUGAAAAUGACAUUAUGCUUUUGCAGGUAAGUUGAUUUUAUGUAAGUGCUAUCGCCGUUUUAAACUGCAUGUGUGUGUGUGUGUGUGUGUGUGUGUGUUUAUAUAUGCAAUUGUUUAUGUGUUCAUUUAAUGAAAUUUACAAGCAGUUUGAUGUAAUAAAACCUCAAAAGCAUUUUACAGUUAUUUUAACUUCUUUAUAUGUAUAUAUAUUAUCUUCUUCUUCUUUGGCGAUCACUCAUAGCCGAGUAAGAUUGUCUUCCAUAAACACGGGGUGUGUGUGGGUGUGGGUGUGUAUAAGUGUGUGUGUGUGUGUGUGUCUGUGUGUGUGUGUAUCUAUAAUAAUAAUAAUUAUAUAUAAAAUUGUUUCAGGAUGCCUCAUGGAGAGCGAUUCAUAAAGGAAAUAUUAUUAUUAUUUAUUAAUUAAUAUUAUGCUAGAAGGAAGCCUAAGGUAAAUUGCAUGAAAAUCUGUGGCCACUUCUUGUCUAUAGAUCCCAACUAUAGAUCCUUUUUAUGAUUCCUUCAGUUUCAGUCAGGAAAAGGCCACCCGCCACCUGUAAAAACCAUUCCACUUACCCACACAUAUGAUGACAUCAAGGGUGGAACCCAGUGUGUCGUAAUUGGGUGGGGAACAAUUAACAGAAGAAGCGGAUUUGAUACACUUCAUGGAGCCAACGUCACCAUCAUUAGCAGAAAGGUCUGCAAUGACAAGCACCACUAUAAUUCUCACCCUCCUCUGACAAUGAAUAUGCUGUGUGCUGGUGAAAAGAAAGGCGGCGGGGACAGGUGUAUGGUAAGAGAGUCUUUGUUUCUUUCAAUUAAUUCUGCACUCAUGCAAAUGUAAAAUUACAGCCUCCCCAAAAAAAUGAAGAAAUUUUUGCCUUUCAGCUGAUCGGCUGAGGAAUCAGUUAAAUUGGUUUUUUUUUACCAAAUAUUCAAUAAGAAACAAUAAGAAAACUGAGGCAUUGAACGAAGUACAGCUACCUGAUUCGUUUUUAGAAGGAAUGUCCACCUUUAACACUUCUUUUUUAAAAAUAAAUAAAUACUCUACCAUAGUAAGAUACCAGAAGUCGCUUAAGACAAAAUGAAACGGCCUCAACGUGCAAUUAAAACCAAUUAAUCACCACUUAGAAACUUCUGUAAUCAAUCAGUCUGUAAAUCAGUUCAAGUAAAAUGAAAUGAAAUGGCCCUCACUUAUUAAGAAUUGAGCCUCUGCUGGUUUAUGAAGUAAAACUUUAGCUGCUUAAAGUUCUAAUUACACUGAAGAAGGCAUGCAGGUUUUGAUGAAGAUUUGAAUUCAUAAUCUUAACAAUGCUUAGUGUUUUAUCCAAUAUGACUUGGGGAAUCAAGCUAUAGCUGUGUAGUUUUAUUUAUUUUAUCCCGAUUUGCUAGGCAAAAUCCUUCCUAGGUUGAAGUCAUUAUUAAAAUGUAGUGUGUUAACUUAGGGACUGAGUACCAAUCUGGAUUAAUGCUGCUUGAUGUUAUUAUUGUAUUAGCACCAUCAGCAUCAGCAUCAACAACAACAAUAAUUAUUAUUAUUAGUCUGGUGUCAGUAGCAGGUAAUCACUCUGGGGCUCAUAGGCUGUGCCAUCUGCCUCUGCCUGCCAUAGACUGUAUUGUGCUGCAUUGCAGCCACUGUUUUCAUUAAAAUAUUUUGUUAAAAUGAAUAAUUGCAGAACUGAAUUUGUUGUUGGAAUAUUCUGACCACAGGGAGGUAUAUAGAUCAGCUUCUGCUUAGUGGUAACAUCCAAUCUCUUCUUUCCUUUCUUUUCCUCAGGGUGACUCUGGUAGUCCUUUAAUAUGCCAUGGGGAACAAACUGGAAUCCUCUCAUUUGUUAGAAAAUGUGAAAGUCACCGAUACCCUGGCGUCUAUGCUCGACUCACACCCAACCACCUCUCCUGGAUAGACACAGUCAUGAACAAUGGCACUAGCUGAUCUUUGUUUGCUUGUGAUUCAGUUUAUGCUCAUUCAUCUCUGUAGCUGAAUUAUAACAGAUUUAACAGAUGGGAAGCAGAUACCUCAGCACCCAAAGCCAACUGUGGGAUCUAAAUGCUGAUCUGUGAUCUGAACUCCCGCUUCUAAAAUCUAGUUCCAAUAUUCAGUCUACUGUCGGUGUAAUUAGGGGUGUUUCUUGCCUCUGGCCCAGAGAAUUUCACCAUCCACAUACAACCUAUUACCUUGAGCUUUGAGUCAAAUUAGCAGCCUAAAUAAUAAGCCUGAUUACAACAACAACAACAAAAAGCAUU